GAGUGCGGGAAAUACUUUUCAGUGAAACUUAGUCUUCACAUACAUCAAAGAUCUUACACGGAGGAGAAGUUGCAUACCUGUCUGGAGUGCGGGAAAUGUUUUUCAUAUAAGUCUAGACUUUACAUAUAUCAGAGAUCUUACACAGGUGAAAAGCUGUAUGUCUGUCCUGAGUGUGGGAAAUACUUUUCAGUGAAGCCCAGUCUUCACACACAUCAGAGAUCUUACACGGAGGAGAAGUUGUAUACCUGUUCACAGUGCGGGAAAUGUUUUUCAGAGAAGCCCUUUUCUUCAUAUAUGACAGAGAUCUCAUACGGGGAAAAGCCGUAUUGGGGACAAGAGGGUGAGUGA